UUGGGUAAGAGGCAUUUAGUCCCAUGCAAGAAGUAUUUCUGCCAAAAAAAAAGACAUAUUUUGACACCUUAUAUCACUAACCCCCUCACAGAAAUCAACCCCCAUAUUAAUCAGAAACUAUUGAGAUAACAGUCUUCUUUACUGUUGUAGGUCAUUACUCUUUAUUUUAACCUGCUUCACAAUGUGUCAAAAACAGGAGUUUGAACUUCCUUUCUCAAAGCAGCAGCAGGGUGACAUUUCUAUUCCUGUUGAACUGUCUUGCGAUCAUAAACCCUGUUUCUGAAAGUGUUUGUUUUCAACUAAUGACAGUGCUACCUCAACUUUUGAACAUGCACUCUCUUUAUUUAGUUGCCUCUGACAGUUUAAUGAAUCCUCUGCUCCCUGAGAGGGAACUGUGUGUGUGGUCUCUUCAGAGUCCUUGACAGGAAUAGCAGACUUUGUGUAAAAUACCACUGACAUGGAACAGGUUUAGUCUAAAGUGUUACCUUUUUAAAGCAAUCAGAGGAGGAGGGUGGCAGAAUGAUUGACCAGCCUGGCAUGGAAAAAGUCUGGAUCAUAAACUGUGUGAGUGGAUUCUGAAUAAAUGCUGGUUUAUAAAAGGUUUGCCUGGACAAGAAGACUUUUACGCACGUGCUCAGCUCCCUCGGCCCCCAUAAUCAAACAUAUUUGUCUGAAUCAGGGUCAAUAUUUGGACUAAUCUCCACAGCAGGAUGUGGAUUUGUAAUUAUCAUGUUUGCAGUGUAAUUAAGCUUGGCGUUAGGACUUCCUCCACCCUCUCCGCCUCCUGCGCAAACGCUUCCGCCCACUCAGCCUCUGAAUUACUCCACUGGCAACUGUUGAUGCAUUCCCCGAUCAUCUGACGUCAAGUGGGCAGGGCUCGGGUCCGGGAGGCCUAUAAAAGUCUUCUUCAACUCAGUUUCAUUCACAACGUCACUCUGGAUUACUACAAGCUUUGACAGAGAAGCUCCCUCCUCGGGAUCACUCGAAAGGAAAGCGAGGAUUUAAAAAGAGAAGAAGAAAAAACUUCCCACGUGGACUAUGAAAAUGUCAGCGGAGGAGAUCAGCCAGGUCCUCAAAGAGGGAGAGCUGGAGAAGAGAAGCGACAACCUGCUCCAGUUCUGGAAGAGGAAAACGUGCGUCCUGACCACAGACAGCCUCAACAUUUACGCCGACACGCAGAAGCGCACCAAGGGCAAGGAGCUGAAGUUGCAGUCCAUCAAGAAGGUGGACUGCGUGGAGCGCACCGGGAAGUUCGUCUAUUUUACCAUCGUAACUACAGACAAUAAGGAGAUCGAUUUCCGGUGCCCCGGGGAGGACAACUGCUGGAACGCAGUGAUCACUAUGGCGCUGAUCGAUUACCAGAACAGAAAGGCCAUCCAGGACUUUAAAACACGACAGGACAACGAGAGCGCGUCACCCGGACAGCAGGAAAGACGCAUGGCGAGGGCGCCCUGAGCGCACGAGGACUCCGGCACUUACCCACACCUAAUAUGGUGAGAGACGCACCGUGACCACACAUUACAUGAUGAAUAAUUUGUAAAAGUCUUUGAAUAAGUUUGUUGUUGUGGGAAAACCAUGAAAAUAAUCACGUGUUAUAUUUUGAUCUCCGUUUAGAGUCAAUAAGGACCAUACAGAAACACACCACGGACCAAAGGAAGACGAGGUCAUCCGGUCCAGAGAUGAAGGAUUGUUCGGGACUGAGGUCUCAGAGAGAAGAGUCAGACAGCCAGACAGAGAUCCACAAACAGGACUGAACCCUUGAAUCGUCAAAACUAUUUCAAGUUUACUCUCCUGGGAGGAAUGACUCCUAAACCAUGAUGUUAAUUUAUUUGUUUCCAGAAUAUUGUGUUACUGGCAAACAGCUUGUAUUGUUAAAUUAUUUACUAUUUCAAUGUGUGUUGAGUGUGUAUUUAUUUGAAUAAAUAUUCAUGCUUUUUGACAUAACUCUCA